UCAGGCUCUGGACCAGGUAUAAACUCACGGACCACCAAAUAGAUCGUCUCCUCUAGUAAGUUGAGCAAAUGACGAGGACGCCGCUUUUCUGAUUCCUUUCUCGAUCGUCUCUUCUCUUCCUCUCUAGCUGCUAUCGACGGGCAGAUCAAAAAUGUGACUCUCCUGCAUGAAAAGCGAGCGGCAACGCGUGCGCUGCGAGAUGAAAGCAGAUCUCUUUAGCGUGGAAAGAGCGCCUGCAGCGUCUUUCCUCCCCGAUGGCUAAGAGCCCACAGUGCACAGUCGAGGAACUGAACCAUUUGAACUCAUCAAUUGCCUCUAUCGAGAAAAAGUACAACAUGGAUCCCAGCUUCUCAGACGUGAAUUUCUCUUCGUGCAACUCAACUCUCCAAGCUCAAGGACUAGAAUUUGACAUGUUCAACUUCAGUAUAGCCGAGGUUUGCAGCAUUCUGAAAGCACAGCAGCAGGACAACAGCCACAUGAGCCCGGUCGCAGAGUCGAUUUUCAUGGUGGUGUACGCGGUGCUGAUUAUGACGGGUCUGGCGACGAACGUGGCGGUAAUUUUCGCCAUCGCGCGUCGCUCCAAAAUCCAAACGCCCCGCAACCUGUACAUCAUCAACCUGACUGUUUCCGACAUCAGCCUUUGUCUCGUGUGCAUGCCCUUUACACUCGUCAACUUGAUCAGCAAACAAUGGACCAUGGGCGAGACUCUGUGCAAACUCGUUCCUACACUCCAGGGUGCUAAUAUCAUGGUAUCGACGACGACCAUCUCCACGAUCGCCAUAGACCGCUACAUCAACAUCGUCCGCCACACCCCGUUGCACGCCGGAGCCGUUAUCGACAGAUCGCAGAAACGCAGAGUCGUCUUCUCGCUCGCAUUCGUUUGGAUCCUGUCAUUGGUAUCGGUGCUGCCUUUUAUCUUCUACCAGAAGGUGGCGGACUUCAAAGUAGUCGAUAGCCUGGUGCUGUACAAAAUUUGCAUCGAGGUGUGGCCGUCGGUGAUGCUGAAGCGGGCCUACUUCGGCUACAUCCUGCUGAUGAUGUACUUCAUCCCGAUCGUGGUGCUCUCCGUGGUGCACACCAGCAUUGCCAAGUUCCUCCAGAAACACGCAACUUGGCAGAACGUGGUGCAGGAUGCGGGCAGCUCGGCCGACGUGCAAAACGUCGUCUCAGGUCGCGUUACCAGGGAGAUGGUGCGCAACAGGAAGACGACCACCAUCCUCUUCGUCAUUGCCCAGGCUUUGUUCGCGGUGAGCUGGCUGCCGCACUACAUCCUUUCCAUCAUAGUAGAGGUGAAUCCGCUGUUCUUCCCGACGGAAAAGCUGUACAUCGCCACCGCGAUUUGCCAUGCGAUCGCGAUGAGCACCGCUAUUACCAACCCCAUCGUCUACGGCUGGAUGAACACCAACAUUCGCCGCGAAUUGAUUGCGAUGCUGCCGUCGGCCUUGAUUCGCUGCUGCUGCAAAAAGCUCUCAAACGAUAGGAAGCAGCGGAGCGGGGCGGACCUGAUUUUGCGGAGCGGGCAGGAAGUCCGGCCGAGCAGUAUGAACCCAUUCGGCGAGAACACCUCGGAAAUCGAGCAAAGGAUCGUGGUGCACGGCUCGAGCAAAGAGGACAGGCCGACGAUGCUGAUGGUGCCACGCGGCCCGUUAACCAGCUCGGCCACCAGGGCCACGGCCUCCACGCAGCUAGUGUCGGAUCUUUAAUGAGGACGGAAUCGGCCGGGCCGGCAGCUGCCAACGGAUCCAAAUCGCGCGCGGCCAAUUGAAACAAACUGGAAAUGAGCCCCGCGAGAUUUCGCCAUAAUAGUGCGCUGAAUUCUCGCAGCCAGACUUUGUUUCCAUCGGCGGCAGCGCUUUGGACCGCUCUUGUCACGCUGCCGACUCGAAAAAAGCUCAUUUUCAGCACUCUUGUACGGCGUUCGUGUGAGUGUGGGGUGGCGGCGAAACGAAGUGAGUCCAUUUACCAGAGUGUGAUGCCUGUUGAAUGUACAGAAAGAAAAGUUUUGCUAUAUGGUUAACUCUGUUAUCGUCGUUGUUAGGAAAUUCUCUCGUUGUGAAAUGAAAAAGCUUAACGUCACUUGUUGUUUGCUCCAAACUUUGGACAAAACUGAGCUUUACGCUACACAGCAGCAAGCUGUCGAUUUACGUAAGAUCAUGUUGCAAAAGCUGUUCAAAUUUAGUAUGAUUGCCAUAUUCCGAGAACGCGUUUAAUGACUAAAUUUUCACAGCUCUGAAACAAAUUGUGUCACCGGAUCUGUGAAAUUUAAUUGAUGUUUCCAUGGUGAUCGCAUUCAGAUUUAGAUGUUCACCAUUUUACUUGUACCCUCCCAAUGAGCGUUAAUUGUUAAAGGUCCCGGCCAACACAUAAUAUGUAUAUUAUCUACAAUGCUCUCUCUCAUUUAUUUUUCAUUGUUAUUAAAGUACGCAAUAAA